GAUCGCAUAAAAGCGCAGGAGACGACAUUUUCCCUCAGUUGUCUUGCUGUAGCAGUGACUGCACGGACGUCUCAGCUUUUCCCCGCUACGUGUAACCGCUAUUUAGCCUACCUUUUCCCCUCGCGUGAACGAAGAAAAAGAAAGCCAGAAAAAUGGCCGAGAGCAAGGUGCGCCAGAACUACCACAAGGAAUCCGAGGAGGCAGUCAACCAACAGAUCAACCUCGAGCUGUACGCCUUCUACACCUACACUUCCAUGUCCUUCUACUUUGAGCGGGACGAUGUGGCCCUCCCAGGGUUCACCAAGUACUUCCGGAAGGCCGCCGGCGAGGAGCUGGAACACGCCCAGACCUUCAUGAAGUUCCAGAACGAGCGCGGCGGGAGGAUCGUGCUCCAGGACAUCAAGAAACCGGCCAAGGACGAGUGGGGAUGCGGCCAGGACGCCAUCAAGGCCGCCCUCGACCUGGAGAAGACGGUGAACCAGGCCCUACUCGACCUCCACAAGGUGGCCGACAAGCACGGAGACUUCCACGUAAGUUUCGGCGUGUAAAUUUCACUCCCGUAAUACCACACCACACUACAUCGACCACUCGUUUAUCCGCCCUUUCUUUUUUCGACAGAUGGCCGAUUUCAUCGAGGGCCACUUCCUCCACGAGCAGGUCGAGGGCAUCAAGCAACUGGGUGACUACUGGACCAUGCUCAAGAGGGUGGGGCCCGGCCUUGGAGAGUACACCUUCGACCACGAGACCCUGGGCGAUUAGAUCUUCACCGCCCCCGAAGGUGCCGACUAGCGGCAAAGAUCGGACUGGAUCAGUGUAGUAGUUGUAGAAAUGUGCUGUAGUGUGUGGUGUAUCGGUCCGUUAGGACAUGUUGGCCACCUAUGAGAAAAGUAUUUACACAUGAUCAA